AUGACAACGAACUGCAUUGUUACAGACACCAUACAGCCCAUGUACAGCAAACUCCGCUCGUUUGACGGCUGUUGGACCUGCCGAGUCCGACGCAAGAAGUGCGCCGAAAACCGCCCCGUCUGUGACACUUGUCAAGCACUACAAAUAACAUGUUAUUACGAAGAGGAAAAACCACCAUGGAUGGACGGUGGUGUGAGGCAGACGAACAUGAUGGAAGAGAUAAAAGCACAGGUAAAACGUUUCGCUACCCAGAAGCGUAAACGCAUGCACCUCGAGAUACUUCAGGCCGAGGCCAACAAUCUUGACCAUAUCGACACGGAGUCUCCUGCUACGGACGUCAUAGAUAAAACAGAUACACUUACAGACUUCGAUCCUUCUCUUGGCCAUCUUGGCGUUGCCUUCACGUCUGAAAUUAGCAACGAUAGUACCUCGGUGCUACAGGGUUCGCCUAUGCAAAACAAGACGCCAAUCGGUCAAGGGGAGGCUGAUAAAGAGUUACAUCUGCUUAUGAUAUACCUCGACUAUGUCUUCCCGUACCUCUUCCCGCAUUACCGACCAUCGAUUCUCGCGGGCGGCCGAGGUUGGAUAUUGGAAAUACUGCACACCAAUAAGCCUGUGUAUCAUAGCGCGGUUUCCUUGUCGACGUCGUUCUAUGCUAUUGUUCUUAACAAUGGCGACAAAGCCCACGAUGAAUGCACAAUGCAAAUGAUACACAAAUUUGAGAGCCAGAUAGAGCUUGGUCUCAAAGAGUUGCACAAGGAAGUAAAUUAUAUCAACACCAACGCUCCAGGCUUUGACAUGAAAAAAGGGCUUGUGGUUAUGCAGAGCAUUCUUCAAAUGCUUUUUUUUGAAGUGGCGACAUCUAAUAAGGACAAUUGGAAGUUGCAUCUCAAUGCAGCCAUUGCAGUUUUCUUGAGGAUUCUCCCCGACCCAAAGGAGUGGAACAAGACACUGAAAAGCUUGUAUACCCAUACCCACAAAUGGCCGCCUCCGGAGUUUGGGUUAAGGCGACCGUGGACCACAAACCAAGCAGCGCUGCGAUUCUUUACAGCCACAAUUCUAUACAUUGACAUUUUAUCGAGUGUCACUUUAGGCAAUGUGCCACAACUUGCCAGUUACCAUGCAAGCAUUGUCCCAGAAUGCUUAUCUUAUGAGAAGAGCUUUGAGGCAAUUCAAGCCGGCUAUCUGUGCUUUGACGAGUUCUUUGGAUUAAAAAACUGGAUUGUGCAGGUCCUAGGUGAUGUAGCAUCCCUGGAAGAUUGGAAGCGCACGCAAAAGAAGAGCAGUUCAUUGCAGGCCAGCGAACUUGAGUCUCGUGGUAAAGUCCUAUCGGAUGUAAUUAAAGCAGGCAUUCAGUCUCUGGAGAGUCAUUGUCAGCGGCAAUACAUUGCGCAUGAUGUCACCACACUCCAUGUUGUCGAUUCUUGGCCUGACGCAAAUGCGAACGAGCAGCCCAAGCACGAAAUGGUAUGGUUGCUUGCUACGCUGAGCUACUUGAACGUAGUCAUAUUGGGGUGGCAGCCUUCCAAUCAAGAAAUUCGUUGGUCAGUUGCAAAGGCAACGAACCUACUUUGCCAGGUUCCAAAAGGGCCUGGUAUACGGGCACUGGCAUGGCCCAUGUGCAUAUCUGGCUGCUUGUCUCCGCCCGAAGAUGAGGCCAUAUACAGAGCACUAGUGCGUCAGCUGGGGCCUUUGGAAAUGUUUGGGACUAUGAAGGAAGCUUUGUUAGUCAUGAAAACAGUAUGGUCGAUGCGGGCUGAAAUCGAUGAAUGUUGGGAUGUAGCAAAAUGUAUGAAUGUUCUAGGAUAUAGUGUGUUGCUGAUAUAAGAAGCUGACAUGUUGUUGGCCUGUUCUUUAUAUAUUUUAUGGAAUUUAUAUAACUAAAAGCUACC